AUGAAGACCGAAGUAUGCUUCUUCCUCCUGGCACUUCUCCUGAGGGGGGAGGGCAGCCGAGCUGUACACAUGGAAAGGAAGCCCAACGCCCUGUUUCUGAAUUACGCAUCUGGGAAAAGUGGUGCAAGCGCGUGGAGUGUUACAGUCGGAGUGAAAAAAAAUGUUGCGAAACAGGGUGACGUCAUAAGAAGGGACAUGAUAAAAGAUGACGCCCCUCACCGCACGAUGAAGGCCCAGGUCGUGCAGUCGAAAAAGGUGCACGACCCAACGGUGAAGAUUUUUCAACUCGAUGAGAGAAGCCCUACACUACGACCCAACAGUAAAAAAGAAAACGAUGAGAACGAUGAAAAGGAUGAAACGGAUGAAAACGAUGAAAACCAUGUACCCGUCGAAGGAACUAAGGAAUGCCCCCCCAAGUCGGACAACCAACCCAACUACAACAUUUAUCUGCCAGACAACAAACUGAAGGAUUACCUCUCCGAUGUGAAGAUCACCAAAGAGGAAAUUACGAUGCUCUAUGAAGACAUGCAUCUGGGAAGGAUGUUUGAAGAUCUGGUUGCAAAACUAUACUAUAGUAAGAGGAUAAACGGGUUCGUGCAUCUGUACAAUGGGCAGGAAGCCAUCAGCUCAGGAAUCAUUAAAAAUCUGAGGCCGUCCGAUUUUGUCACCAGCACAUACAGAGAUCAUGUCCAUGCCAUCAGCAAAAAUGUUCCUCCAAAAAAGGUGCUUAAUGAAUUGUAUGGGAACUACUAUGGAAGCACAAACAGAGGCAAAGGUGGAUCCAUGCAUAUUUACAGCAAGAGUGAAAAUUUCAUUGGGGGGUUUGGCUUCAUCGGAGAGCAGAUCCCCAUCGCUGUCGGUUUGGCCUACAGCAUUUUGUACAAGCGGGAGUUCCCCCUGGGGGGGGAGGUUGCUCCAAGUGGGGCAGCUUCACCAAACGGGGAGGUCUCUCCAGAUGGGGCCUCCUCCCCCGCCUCCCCACGUGAAGAGACCGACGUCGUGGCGUGCUUCCUGGGAGACGGGACCACCAACAUCGGGCAGUUCUUCGAGUCACUAAACUUGGCCGCCACGUACAACCUGCCGAUCAUCUUCGUCAUAGAAAACAACAACUGGGCGAUCGGCAUGGAAGGAUCAAGGAGCUCCACAGAUGACCUGCAAAAUAAUUACUCUAAGGGGAAGGCAUUCAAUAUAGACACUUAUAAAGUGGAUGGAAACGAUGCGAUCGCGCUUUACAAAUUGGCAAAAAAGAAGAUAAAUCAAAUGAGAAGGAGGGAAUGUGGACCUGUACUCAUCGAAGCAAUCACGUACCGUGCGAGGGGACACUCCCUUGCAGAUCCAGAUGAGCUUCGAAUACAGGAAGAGAAAGCGUCAUGGAAAAAAAGAGAUCCAAUUGUACAUUUGGCUACCUACAUGAAAAAAAACAAUAUCACUGACGAAUCUUUCUUUGAAGAAAUUAAAAAAAAAACGAAACAGAUUCUGUUGGAAGCUGAAAUGGACGCUGACCAGAAUAUGAAGAAGAGCCAAAACAUUAAUAUCGCCCAACUGUUGCGGGAAAACAUUUAUGCUCCCUCGGAGCGGGUUCCCUUCCAGGCGGAUUACAAUCAGUAUGCAAAAUAUGAUCACCUGAGUGACUCCGACCUGGGUGAGUAUUACGAGGCACUUCGGAAGGAAGUGGACAGAAAGCUGCACAAGAGGAAGCCGGACCCCUCUGAGCACUUCGCGCGGAAGAACCUCCCCCUGGUCAUCGACUAG